AUGUCCUCCUCUGCCGACCAGUUCCCCAAGCCUGUAGGCGCGACUCUGCUCGUUCCGCCCGCGGACCGCGAUCAGUUCUCCCCGGCCCAGUCCAGUUUUUCCUUUGAAGAAAUUCCCCCCACGUCUCCCCGUGGCUUUGCUGAAGCCGACUCGCUGGUGGACCGGAAAGGCAUUACCCGCAACCUCGAAUGGGGCGCGCCGGGUGAGAAGAAGGACCCGGAAGCCGUCAGUGGCCUUAGCCGCAGCCACAACUCCAAGAGGACCCAGUAUUUCGAAGGCCAAUUCAACGAACGAGACACCACCGGCCCCGCUCGUGACCGCAUCAGCAAAGACAGCCCCAUCGUUGCUGAAAUCAAGACCAACGUAAUUAUCAAGGAUGAGUACACUCUUGUCACGGACCUUUCCUACCAGAUGUCACAGCGCUUCCAGCGCCCCGAGCACUGCAUCAUGGUCAGCCUGGAUCACUCGGCCUGCCUCUUGCUCGGUGGCUCGUUCGAACCAGCUUACAUUCUUACCAUCACUGCACUCCCCUCUCAGCUUCAGCCCGUCACGAACAAGCGCAACGCAGCCAUGCUGCAGACCUUCCUCCGCGACAUCCUCGGUGUUCCAGCGGACCGGGGCAUUGUCAAGUUCCAAGCCAUUGAAGAGGCCAACCUGGCUACCGAUGGUCGCACCGUGCUCGGUGAAAUCGAGCGCGAAGAAAGGAGGCAGGCAGAGGAAAAUGGUGGCUUGAAGCGUGCCGUGACCAAAGCGUCCAGGAGGUCUAGCCUGAAACCCAAGAAGAGCUUGACUCUGUCGCGCAAAGGUUCUACCAGGUCUGGCCGCGUGAUCACUCCGCCCAUCCCCAGCCCGGGGCCUUUCGAUUCGGUCACUGCCAUCGCCGAAUACGAGGAGAAUGACGAGGUUUCUCCCAUGGACAGCAAGCUGAAUGGCCAUUCAACGAGAAGAUCCAAGCCAUCCCUCAUGAAGUCGACGCCCAACCUCCUAGCCCCACCGAUUCCCGAGGAGAAGGCAAUGCCAAGGAUUGGCAAGAGGAAGAGCUUUAUUGCCAUCUUCAGAAGAUGA